UCCCUCAGUCACUCCGAGUCGGUCGAUGAAAACGGUUGCCCCAAAGCCGUGAUGCUUCCUAUUCGGUGACCAGGCGAAAGUGGGGCCCAAGGGUCAAAUAAUAAGCAAAAUUGUGGUCAUAUUUUCGGUGGUAAAAGUUACACCGUUUUUUUCCGGGGCAAUUCUCUGGUGCACAUCGGCCUGAAGUUCUGACUCCAGUGACGAAUAAUCCAUUCCUCCCUUGAAAAAAAAUGUGAACCUAUGGGAGUCCUCAAUUAGUGCAAAACGGAGCACACAGAACUCCAGGAAUGGUGCUUUUUCCUUCCAGUUCUGUGUAAAUCAAAAGUGCUUAAAUGUGAGUGAAAGUUGCAAGAAAGUUUUUUUUUCACUGGCAUUCUGUGCCUCUCUGCCAUCGAGCCUAAAAGGACGAGAAGCUUUCUGUGCUACCCCUCUGCAUUCCACCCUUUUGGGGCCAAGUGCAAAAAAGGCGGCUAAAUGCGCAAACUCUCGGGCACCGUCACGUGAAAACGCCGUUGAGGGCCAGUAAAUAAGUGGGGCUCUAUAUCUAUGAGCCAACAAUAAUGCAAAGGAGAUUAAAACAACUCUAAGGACCGAAGAUCCUCGAGAGUAAUUGUUUUUUUAUCAACACAAUUCGUUAAGCGACAAAUAAAAGAAGGAAAUUCAAAUUGUGAUAAAAGUAUGGCGAAUCCUCGUGAGACAAUAACGUUGUUGGAAGGGAAUGAAAAAAUGUCAUCAUCGGUGGUUAAUGGUUCCAGUACAUCGAGUAGUUGUAGUAGCAAUUCCGUAGGUAGUGUCCAGUCUUCAGUGAUAUUUGCGACUCCAACGGCAUCAGUCACGCCCUGUGACCCCGUAGCGAGCCCCAUGAGACUGCUAGAGCGUUUGCCUGAGCGCCAGGAUCCUGAAUUGCUUAGCUGGGCAGAUAUGCCUCAGCAUCUGCAGUUCAAUCCCUACGUCCUCACCGGCUAUCGACCGCUCCAAACUGUCAGAGGUUGCAUGUACAGCCUCUUUUACUGGCACAACGAGACCAUUAACAUCCUAACACACGGCAUUCCAAUUGUAUACAUCUUGGCUAUAGUUCCAGCAUUGAUGCCUUGGGAAAAUGAUUUUCGAUUUCUCUCCUGGUGCCACAUCAUCGGAGCUGUUUGUCCAUGGAUUGGGAGUUUCGUUUAUCAUUUGUUCAUGAAUCUGGAAAAGGGUGAGUGCAUCUACUACAAGUUACUCCAAUUGGAUAUGUUAGGCAUCUGGAUUAGUCAAAGUUUUGGCGCUCUACCGAUGGUGACGGCGACAGUAUUCUGCCUCGGUUGGAAACUAAAGUGGUCGUUAAUAUUGGCUUAUUGUAUGCUGAGCCUCUGGGGACUGUACAAGGCAAUGACGGCACUCUCACCGUGGCAGAGACGCCUGUGCUUUUUGCUGCCCUUCAUGAUGAGGGUGCUCCUGACAAUGUUGCGCACCCUGAAGCUUGCUGGCGGAAAUCCGGCCGCUCUCACCCAUGUCUUUCUCCAGGACGCUGUCUCAGCUCUUGGCGGAAUGAUCGGAGCACUUCAUAUUCCCGAAAAGUGGUUUCCCGGCAGUGUGGAUCUCUACUUAAACUCCCACAACAUCAUGCACGUCCUUGUGGUCCUGGCCGUGUACUCAAUGCAUCAGGCCACCGUCUCGGAUCUGGAUUGGAUGUCAAAGACAAAGUGUUCAGAUAAUGGAACAGAUGCCAGUAUUAGUCCGCUCCUCAACGAACAGCCCCACAUGGAGUUGUGACGGGUUAUUAGAAAACUUAUAGAGGACUAUCGUAAAGUUUCGCGAAAUUUGGGUUUUAUUUUCAGAAUGAUGAAUAGAAUUAAUUUAACUAGAUAAAAUUAUUGAGAUAAUGGUUAAAAUGACAGGGAAUAAUAUGAGUAUAUAAAAUGAAUGAGUAUAUAAAUAAAUUAGGAAAAUGUUUGCAAUGUAAAAGUUUAGAGCUCUUUUACAUUCUCUCUCAAAAUGUUAUACGUUACGAUCCAAAAAAAAACAGAAAAUAAAAACACAAAAAGCCACUGUUUGUUGCCUCUGGUUUCCCACUUUGAAAAUAUAUCUUCUUUUUCUGUUGGAUAAAAGUGGACAUAAUAAUAUUUGGAUUUUAAAUAAAAAGUUUUUAACACACGACUAUGAUAAAUAAAAAUUUCACUAAACGAUACUUGUUGAAAAAUUUCAUAUUUGAAAGAGACAAAGAGAUGGAGAAAUUUCUCCGAUAUUUCCUUGUACAUAUAAAUAAUCUAUACAAAAAAAAAGAAUUCUCUAUUUUAUUACAAAUUCAAUUUCUUGCUGCAUAUAAUAAGGAUGUAUGGAAUAUUAUUUUAAUGAAAACAAAAAUAAUGAAAGGGAUAGAAAGUCGUAGUGACAAUGAAGAAAUUUGUAGCGAAAAUGGUCUUAGCACAUAAAAGGAAUCUAAACCAGAUUUAAUGUCUGAGAAUCAGAAUAUAAACUCACGUGCCAUUGAAUUAGAAGAAAAAAAAAACUAUUUAUACAUAUAGAAAACCACAAUAAAUAAGAAAUGAGGUUAUAUAAUGGGGAGUAAGUGAAGGUGGAUUUAUUAAAAAGAAGCACCUGAGUGCUUUGGCUUUUACAUACAACAAUUAGGUGCUUUUUUCACUUUACUUUGCUUUAUUUAAUUUAUUCUCUAUAUAAAUAUUUUUAUCUCAUUCGAAAUAAAUAAAAAAAAAAGAUAACAAAUUUUUCUCCAAUCUACCGUCAGUUCUCUACAAAUUGUCACUAUCUUUUUCCACAGAUUAAUGAACAAAAACAAAGCUAAAUGAAUAAAUUGGAAGGGAUGUGAAGAAUAAAUAGAUAUCCUCAUUGAGGGUCAAUUAAGGACGAGACAAAAGCAGCUCUGUAGAAAUAAUAAAUUGAAAUCUAAUAAUAAUGUGUAAAAUGUUUCCUAAUAGAUGAAUUCUCUCUAGAUAGUUCAAAACUAACGUUAGGAGAAAAAUUUUCUGGGCCUAAAUCAACAAAAAACUUUCCUCAUCAAAACUAAAUAAUUUUGCAAAUACACAAAUGGUAUCCAAAAAUUCACUCCAUUAAGUGUUUAUGUUUCUCGAAUUCUCUAAAACUUUCCAAAUGCAAAUUGAUCACACAUGUGGCAUUUUUUCAGAGGACAUUGAACUCUCAGUAAAUUCUAAAAUAUCAACUAUUUUGCAUAUUUUCUCGUAAAACUUACAUAGAGGGAAAUAUUUGACCAAAUUUUUCUCAUGAAAAAAAAACUGACUUAAUAGUAUAGUAUUAAAGCAAUAUACCUUGAUAACAUAUACAUAAUAUAGGGCUUUUUACUCAAUUUGAAAGUGCUAGUUGCUUACGAAGAGCCAUCAAUUAAUAAUUUUAUUGCUUCAGAAUUUCCUGUGAAAGUGAUUUUAUAAAUAACUUCUGCUGAUAAAUAACGAAUAAAAAUUUAAACUUUUACAGAAAAAA